AUGUCGUUAGCAGCUUUGUUGAAUGAAGAAGAUGUUAAGCCGUCGCGCGGAACGGAACGCAAAACGGGCAGUACGGCCAGCAAUACAGUUGACAGCAGAAGCCUGUUCUUACAGCAGCUGAAUAAGGAGUUCCAAUUGGUUGGGACGCGGGAUAUCAAAGAGCAGAGAUAUCAAGACUGGAAGAUGCUGAACUACCAAGAGUUCGAGCUCGUGACGGAAUGGAACAACCAGGCGCGCGAGUUGGGCAGCGUCGGAUGCGAGAAACUUUUGGAAAACAUGAAGACGACCAACCAGGAGUGGGCACAGUACCAGGAGUACCUAGCACACCGCGACGAGAUUGUACAACAGCAGCAGCAGUUGCUGUCGAGGCAGCGUCAGAAGCAGGCCGAGUCCAAGCGGAACGGCACGGCGCGGGCCAGAUCAAAGGUCAAGACUGAAGUGGACGAGUUGGGCCACGAGCGCGCCGCGUAUCAAGCCGGCAGCGAGCCUGACCACUUCUACACCGACAGUCGUGGCAACGGCCACAAUCGCCACGAAGCGUCCGACGACGACGACGCUGCGGACGAGGACGAGGACGAAGACGACGAUAACGACAACGACAACGACAACGAGAUCGACAACGAUAAUGACAACGACGACGAGCCCGAGGAAACCGAGGAACGCGACGAGGAGGAGGUAGUUUUCGCCGACGACGACGCCAAUGACAAGGACUUUAUGUUGGACGACGACAAAUCUGAGCCCGGCAAAGGCAAGAAGGUGGACCUCUCGUCGGAGCGCGUCAAGAUCCGGCGCGAAAUCGCCAAGAUGGUCAACAAGAACAAGCACGUCAAGGCCAAGAAGCGCCGAUUCACAAAUGCUACCAUUACAGAGCACACGCAGGGCGAAAAGCUAGAGGUCAAAGUCACGCUGAAACAGUACCAUGUCCGCCAAUUGAAACGGAUGAUUGCAGAGAACAAGCGCAGCCUCGAAGAAGAGGCCGGUGAGGGUAACUUGAAGAAACGGAAACUGGGUGCCAAGAACGCGAACGGCGAGCUGAUAACGUCGAUCGAUGGGCUGCCCACUUACGGGCUCAAGAUGACCGCCAAAGAGGCACGCGCUAUUCAAAGGCAUUACGACAACACUUACUUCACAAUAUGGAAGGACAUGGCUCGUAAGGACUCGGCCAAGAUCGCACGUCUGGUGCAACAAGUACAAUCGACCAGAGCGGUUAACUUCAAGAAAACGUCCUCUCUUGUUGCAAGGGAAGCACGUAAAUGGCAAGUCAGAAACUUUAGGCAGUUAAAGGACUUUCAGACAAAGGCUCGUAGAGGUGUAAGAGAGAUGUCCAGCUUUUGGAAAAAGAACGAGCGUGAAGAAAGGGAACUCAAGAAGAAGGCCGAGAAGGAAGCACUAGACCAGGCUAAGCGCGAAGAAGAAGAGCGUGAAAACAAGAGGCAGGCUAGAAAAUUGAACUUCUUGCUCACGCAGACGGAAUUAUAUUCCCAUUUCAUCGGACGUAAGAUUAAGACCGAUGAACUUGAGGGAAAUAUGGCUGAUGCUUCUCUAAAACAACAGAACAAUGUCGAGCACAUUGACUUGGACAAAACCGAAGGAAAUAAAACCGACUUUCAAACUAUUGAUUUCGAUAAUGAAGACGAUGAAGGUUUGCGCCUGAAGGCAGCUCAAAAUGCCUCGAAUGCGUUGCUAGAGACUCAGGCCAAGGCCAAAGAGUUUGAUGCCAAUCCGGAUGAAGAAGAAGAACUUAACUUCCAAAAUCCAACCUCUCUUGGUGAAAUUACCAUCGACCAGCCAAAACUUUUAACCUGUACUCUAAAAGAAUAUCAGUUGAAGGGUUUAAACUGGCUUGCAAACUUGUACGACCAGGGUAUUAAUGGUAUCUUGGCAGACGAAAUGGGUUUGGGUAAAACCGUACAAUCUAUCUCUGUACUGGCAAAUUUAGCUGAACGGUACAAUAUAUGGGGUCCGUUCAUCGUAGUCACUCCUGCGUCCACGUUGCACAACUGGGUGAACGAAAUAUCCAAAUUUGUCCCAGAUUUUAAAAUCCUACCUUACUGGGGUAACGGCAAUGAUCGGAAAGUUCUCAGAAAAUUUUGGGAUAGAAAACAUCUAAGAUAUGGUAAAGACGCGCCAUUUCAUGUAAUGAUCACAUCUUAUCAAAUGGUUGUAUCUGACGCCGCUUAUUUGCAAAAAAUGAAAUGGCAGUACAUGAUAUUGGAUGAGGCACAGGCCAUCAAAUCUUCUCAGUCUUCUCGUUGGAAAAAUCUAUUAAGCUUCCAUUGUCGUAACAGACUUCUGUUAACGGGUACGCCUAUUCAAAAUAGCAUGCAAGAAUUGUGGGCCUUGUUGCAUUUUAUCAUGCCUUCACUUUUCGAUUCUCAUGACGAGUUCAGCGAUUGGUUUUCCAAGGACAUUGAAUCGCACGCACAAUCCAAUACCCAGUUAAAUCAACAGCAAUUACGCCGUUUACAUAUGAUACUGAAACCAUUUAUGUUAAGGCGGAUAAAGAAAAACGUUCAAUCAGAGUUGGGCGACAAAAUUGAGAUCGAUGUAAUGUGUGAUUUAACCCACAGGCAAGCAAAACUGUAUCAAGUCCUCAAAUCUCAAGUUUCAGCAGCAUAUGAUGCAAUUGAAAACGCCGCAGGAAAUGAUGAGGCAUCUUCUGAUCAAAAUCUGGUCAAUACUGUGAUGCAAUUCAGAAAGGUUUGCAAUCAUCCUGACCUUUUUGAAAGAGCUGAUGUGAGCUCACCAUUUUCUUUUACUGACUUUGGUAAAAGUGGUUCUUUACUCAGAGAAGGAGACUUGAUUGAUGUCAUGUAUUCUACUAGAAAUGCAAUCAAUUUCAAUGUUCCUAAACUCAUUUACGAUGAAUUAAUUCUACCAAAUUAUAGAAAUGACCUUGGAUCGCGUAACAAGUUGUUGUAUCAUACCUUGAACGUCUAUCAUCCUUCCAACUCUUCUGAACUUUGCUCGAAGCUCUCAAAGUUGACUGGAUUUUCUCCAAAUGAUUUUAACCGCCUCGUACAAAUGAAUCUGAUAAAAAGAGCGAUUGAUUUAGCUGGUACUGACGAACAACAAUUGAAUUAUCUUCGUAUACUUUACGAAGACGAGACUGAAAUGGCUACUUCACAUGCUAAUCAGUACUUGAUAGAAAAUCGUCUUCAAUCUCUUUUGAAUCUAGGUAAAACGACAACUAGCGGUGUGAUGGAUUCCCUACUGAACAUCAAAGAGAAAGUUUAUGAUGAAGAGUACAUGAAUUCAUGGCAAAAAGCCUACCACCCUGUAGCCAGCGCACCUCCAGUCGACCUUCAAAUCUUGAGUUCACGCCAUUUUGCUAAUGACAAAACAGUUGAAUUGUUCGACCCGGUUGUUUCGCAAGCUUUAAGUGAGAUCCACCCGAUUAUUCAACAUGAGAUGUAUGUGGAAAAACACAUACCUAUCUCUGAAUUCCCCAAGUCAGAACUAUUUCCAAAACCUUUCAACAAGAACUUUUCUUCGAAUAUUUCCAUGCCAUCGAUGGAUAGAUUCAUUACAGAAUCUACUAAACUCAAGAAAUUGGAUGAGCUCCUGGUGGAUUUGAAGAAAGGUGGUCAUCGUGUUCUGAUUUAUUUCCAAAUGACGCGUAUGAUGGACUUGAUGGAAGAAUAUUUGACAUAUAGACAAUACAAGCAUAUCAGAUUGGAUGGUUCGUCAAAGCUGGAGGAUCGCAGAGAUUUAGUCCACGACUGGCAAACGAAACCUGAAAUAUUUAUAUUUCUGUUGAGUACAAGAGCUGGUGGGUUAGGUAUCAAUCUGACUGCUGCAGACACUGUCAUAUUCUAUGACUCCGAUUGGAACCCAACUAUAGAUUCUCAAGCAAUGGACAGAGCCCAUAGACUGGGCCAGACCCGUCAAGUUACGGUCUAUCGUUUGCUAAUUAGGGGAACAAUUGAAGAGAGAAUGAGAGAUAGGGCCAAACAAAAAGAACAUGUCCAGCAAGUUGUCAUGGAGGGUAAGACACAAGAAAAGAAUAUCCAAAAAGUGAUAGCCAACGGAAAUGGAGUUUUGAAUAACAACAUGUCUACAUAG